GUUAAAUCAGAUAUUGUUUUGAUUAUUAUUGCAGCCGUGGAUUGUUGUGGAUUCUGGCUCUAAAAGACUGCAACUUGAACUUUUCAGCUGCUGAUUCACAAGAUUAACAGUAAAAUGGAGAAUAGUAAAAGGCUUGUGCAUCUUGACUUGAAAGGAGCACCACCAAAAGUUGCAUAUUUUGAGAAGAUUUUUCCACUGUUGAAAAAAUGGGGAGCUACAGGUCUACUGAUAGAAUAUGAAGACAUGUUUCCUUACUGGGGACCUCUUAGUGAAAUUGCAUCAGAAUAUGCUUACAGCAAGGAAUGUAUAACAAGUAUUCUACAGCUCGCUCAAGAAAAUCAUCUCACUGUCAUUCCCCUAGUUCAGUCUAUUGGACAUUUUGAGUUUGUGCUUAAACGUGAGAAAUUCAAAUCCCUACGUGAAGUUCCAAAUUAUCCAAUGGCGUUAUGUCCUUCCAAUUCAGACUCACUUUUGGCUGUGUGUAUGAUGAUUGAUCAGGUUGUAGAAUUGCAUCCUGGGAUACGGUUCUUUCACAUCGGAGCAGAUGAGGUGUAUCAUUUAGGCGUGUGCGAGAAAUGUAAAAGAAGAAUGGCCGAGGAAGGCAUAUCCGCCCAGCAGUUGUUCUUGGUCCAUGUUAAGGCUAUUCUUUGUCACAUCAAGGAAACUCACCCAAAUAUUAACAGCAUUAUGUGGGAUGACAUGCUGAGGCAUAUAGAGUUACCCGUACUUCUCAAUUCUGGUCUCGGAGAUUUAGUUGAGCCUAUGGUUUGGCAUUACCUAACAACUUUUAUGCUACCAUCAGAUAUAUGGGACAAAUAUUCUACUGUAUUCCCAAGUAUCUGGAUUGCCAGUGCAUUCAAAGGAGCAACAGGGGCUAAUGUAUAUGCCACAAACAUUGCUUAUCAUGUCAACAACCACACCAUGUGGCUUGAUGUCAUGGCAAAGAUGGGGUCAAAGUUCAAGAAGGUUCAAGGUUGUGCUUUAACAGGAUGGCAAAGGUAUGAUCAUUAUGCUGUGCUAUGCGAGCUCCUACCACAGGCUCUGCCAUCGCUAGGAAUUUGUCUGCUGACGCUCCAACAAGGUUCUUUUACGGCAGAAGUUCAUGCAACUAUCUCACAAGAUCUAAAGUUUCAUUCUCCUCUACCAUUGAAUCCAUUUGAGAGGGGUGCUGUCCCACCAUGCCAGUUUCCAGGCUGUGGAAUUUACCUGGAGAUGCUGGCAUUUCUACAGCUGGAUGCAUCUUAUGGGGAAUUUGUUCAUGAUGAGAGAGUGCUAACAUGGAUGAAUGAAUACAUGAUGGAGAAGAAGUUUUCCAACCCAGUUCACAUCGAGCCAAUCUUAGCCCAGUCUUCUGUAAUCUUGGAUGGUAUUUCAAAAAUUUAUUCCCAGCUUGAAUUAGCACUGAAAGAGGUCUACCACCCCAACACAGUGGAGGAAUGGUUGAAAGUUUUUGUAGAGCCAAAGAUGAAGAAAAUGUCUGAUGUUGUUGAAAAGGCCAAAAUACAACUCAGCAAUCCAUAAGACACUUGGUGCAGUCAUUUUGCCACCGAUUGUGUUCUGUUUUUCCAAAACAGUGAUCUGCAGAAACAUGUGCCAUUUCAUACUUUGGAAGUUGUAAAUGCCAAUAAAGUAACACAAUUUAUGGUUGUGCUAGAAAUUUA